GUUAGCGGUUCCUCUGGGCCAACGGUUGGCGUUGCAGCGGUCCCCGGAGGUCGCAGUCCGCGUGUCCCAGGCCACCUCCAUCCCCUCCCCCUUUUAGGCAGCGCAGUCACCGCGCGGGGCGGCCGCCGUGAGGAAGCGACCACGGCUUGUGACCACGAAUAAUCUUAAAAGCUCCCGGACAGCGGCGUCCUCAGCCAACAGCUGAGUGGGCCGCCCGGGCACGGAGCGGCGGCCCGAGAGCUACCGUGAGGAAGGAGGGAGCGGCGGAGGCGACCUCCAGCCGGUUCCUGAACCCUCCGUCCACCCUCACCCCCGGCUGGCGUGACAUGAGCCGGGUCAGGCAUCCGCGGGAUGCCCCUUGAGCCCCUUCUCCGGCUGUCAGGUCCAGGGCACACACCGACACGUAUUUUCCAAAUAUCACUGUGUAUUCUGGCGGUGACGGCGUCGGCGGGACCGAAUGCGCGUUUAUUUAUCAUUGUUAAUCAUCAAGCCUUUGUCCAGCCGAUAUCCAACGACACAACUUGCUGGACGAGCCUAUAUUGUCCGCAUAAUCAUAUAGAAGAAUUCAAGAUAGGAGAGGCAGGCAGCAACGAAUGAAGACUCUAAAAGAAAAGAAGAAGGAAUGUCAAAGAUUAAGGAAAUCUGCCAAGACCAAGAGGCUAAUCCAGAAGGCGUCUUCAGGGCCUGUUUGCCGGCUAUGCCUUCGUGAACCUGGGGAUCCUGAGAAGCUAGGGGAGUUUCUUCAGAAAGACAAUCUCAGCGUGCAUUAUUUCUGCCUUAUUCUGUCUAGCAAGCUGCCUCAGAGGGGCCAUUCCAACAGAGGUUUCCACGGAUUCCUGCCUGAAGAUAUCAAGAAAGAGGCCAUCCGGGCUUCUAAGAAGGUGUGCUUUGUGUGUAAGAAGAAGGGAGCAGCCAUCCACUGCCAGAAGGAGCAGUGCGUCAGAAACUUCCACCUGCCUUGUGGCCGAGAAAAGGGGUGCCUUUCGCAGUUUUUUGGAGAGUACAAAUCAUUUUGUGGAAAACAUCGUCCAACACAGAACGUCCAUCAGGAGGACCUGGGGGAGGAGAGCUGUGUGUUGUGUUGUGAAGAUUUAUCCCAGACAAGCGUUGAGAACAUCCAGAGCCCGUGCUGCAGUCAAGCUGUCUACCACCGCAAGUGCAUCCAGAAAUACGCCCACACCUCCGCAAAACAUUUCUUCAAAUGUCCACAGUGUAAUAACCGGGAAGAGUUCCCUCAAGAAAUGCUGAGGAUGGGAAUCCAUAUUCCAGACAGAGACGCCGCCUGGGAGCUGGAGCCAGGGGCCUUCUCUGAGUUGUAUCAGCGCUAUCAGCAUUGCGAUGCCCCCAUCUGUCUGUACGAAGGAGGCCGAGACAGCUUUGAGGAGGAAGGGCGGUGGCAUCUUCUUUUGUGUGCUACAUGCGGAUCCCAUGGGACCCACAGGGGCUGCUCCGCCCUCAGAUCCAACAGCAAGAAAUGGGAGUGUGCUGAAUGUUCACCUGCUUUGGGCACAGACUGCACACCUGAGAACUCAGGUGACGCCCCCUGCUGCAGCAGCACCUGCCGGCCAGCCGAACCCAUCUGCAGAGACAGCCUGGAUGAGAGGCCAGGCCCCUCCUGGACUCAGUGGCCAGGGCCUUCCCUGUUAGAAAAGCCGGAGUCAGGUGGCAGGAGGAGGCCCAAGGGUGUUAAAGUCACCAAGAGUGGCAGAAAGUCCAAGUAACAGCUCUGAGUGGCAGUUAGCAAGUCUGCCUUGGGGAUGUAGCUCUCAUUCUGCAUUAGGCCUUGGGGAGAGGCACCGGGGAACUGUGAGCUGAGGGAGGGGGGCAGGUGGUCCAGCCCCUGGGAAACAUGAGGAGCAAGGAACAGGUAGAGAUGCCCCUAGAGGGCCACAUUUUGGGCCCUAAGCCCUGUCACUCUUCCUCACUUAGACGCCUCUGUCAGAACCUGCCUCCUACUUAACACACAUUUGUUACUCUGCAAAUAAAGCUUUUCUCUCCUUUGGUGUCUCCUUACAAACUUA